AUGCUAAGGGAUAAGAUUCCUUCCGGUAAGGAACGGCUAUACAAGACCAUUGGUCUAGCCGUGGUUGCUUUAAUCACAAUAUUCGUCAUAUUGAAUAAUACAGGCGUGACAAGCAGCAAUGGACUUAUUAGCUCUAUUACGUCUUCAGUCACCACUCAAGACAGCAAGACGGCCGAUGGGUUAAAACAGCCGGCGCCCGUGUCGCCCAAAAAAUACAGCGGUCAUAAGGAGAAAGCUACAUUUGUGACUCUAGCAAGGAACCGUGAUUUGUAUUCCCUCUUGCCAGCCAUAAGAUCUGUUGAAGAUAGAUUUAAUCGUAAAUUUAAUUAUGAUUGGGUUUUCCUGAACGAUGAAGAAUUCAGCGAAGAGUUCAAACGUGUGACUACUGCAUUGAUCAGUGGUACUACUAAGUACGGUGUUAUACCCAAGGAGCAAUGGCAGUUGCCCGAUUUCAUCGAUAAAGAGAAAGCGGCUAAUACUAGAAAGGAAAUGGCCGAGAAGGGUAUUAUUUACGGGGACUCUAUUCCCUACAGAUACAUGUGUCGUUAUGAGUCCGGGUUUUUUUACAGACAUGAGUUGAUGGCGGAUUAUGAAUAUUACUGGCGUGUUGAACCGGAUGUCAAGUUGUACUGUGAUAUUGACUACGACGUAUUUCGAUUCAUGAAAAAAAAUGACAAGAAAUAUGCCUUCACAAUCUCAAUUAAGGAGUAUGCCGAAACUAUUAAAACUUUAUGGGAAACUACCCGUGAAUUCAUUACUUCUCAUCAAGAAUAUAUAAAUAAGAAUAACAUGUUGGAUUUUAUUAGCGACGAUGAGGGUUAUUCUUAUAAUUUGUGUCAUUUCUGGUCAAAUUUCGAAAUCGCCUCGUUGGAUCUAUGGAGAAGUGAUGCGUACACUGCUUAUUUUGAUCAUUUAGAUAAAAGUGGUGGAUUUUUCUACGAAAGAUGGGGUGAUGCACCAAUUCACUCGAUAGCAGCAGCUUUGUUUUUGGACCGUAAUCAAAUUCACCAUUUUGAUAACAUUGGUUAUUAUCAUCCGCCAUUCCAUAGUUGUUCGGUUGACGAAGAUGUUAGAAUGAAAAACAAAUGUGAUUGUAAUCCAGCUGAUGAUUUUACCUGGAAAAGUUACUCCUGCACGACUAAAUUUUACACCGUCAACGGCUUAACAAAGCCUAAGAAUUGGCAGAUAUACGCUGAUUGA